CAAGGUCAUAUCUGAGUACGGACUUAAUUUUUAUGGCGGACGAGGUAUUUUAUGGUGAAUUAGCCAUUUUAGGGUAUUUGGUUUAAUUUACUUAAUUGUGCCAUUUUCAGGCUGAAUGGUGCUUUAGCGGACUCUGGAAAUAUCUCUCGACAUAAAUCUAAGAUUUCUCUGUUCAGACGCCCGGAAGCUAAUGGAGUUCGACCUGGACCCGUAAACAAAGUUCCAAAAGCUAAAAAUUCAGUCGCAGUAACAAACCGAAAUACACCUGCGGUCUCAUUCACUUUAUCAAGAAAUGUUACAGUAGUUGUUGAGUAUGUUCCUGAUCCUAAAGUAGACAUGUUUCAGAUUGGUCGAAGUACUGAUGAUCACAUAGAUUUUGUUAUAUCAGAGCCAAGACUUGCAGUCAAUCAUGAUCGACAAAAUUCGAAUUACAAUGAUGAUAACAGUAAAAAGUCAAAAGAUUCUUCUUCUUCUUCUUCAAAAGAUAAUAAUCGUGGGAAUUAUGAAAGUGCUGUUUCACGUUUCGCUUGUCGUAUCCACAUUGAUCGUGAACCACCGUAUACUGCUCGUCUUUAUGCUGCUGGAUUUGAUGCAUCAAAUAAUAUCUUUUUGGGUGAACGUGCUAUAAAGUGGAAAUGCGGUAAUUCUAUGGAUGGUUUAACAACAAAUGGUGUCAUGAUGUUACGCAUUCCCCCAGCGAAAAUUAUUGACCAGACAAAUCAAUCUGCAGACUAUGAUUCUAAUAUUCGAUCUCAGUGGCGGGAAGUCAGUGUUUGUGGUUCCGUUUACGAAAUGCGAAGCAAUAGAUGUAUACCAACUAAUCUGGUUAAUGAAGACAAUGUGCUCACAGAUAUGACAAUUAUAGAUCUUUGCGGAGUGACUUUGUUGUGGCGAUCUAGAUCAGGGUUGAGAUAUACUGCUUGUUCAGAAGAUCUCAUGAAAAUGAUCAAUGGAUUGAAUCAAGCACAUAUUCAAUGCCCUGUGCUUUUUCGUACAUUGAAAUUACCGCUUUUACCUCAAAGUACAAAUAUCUCUCAGUGUGAAGCAAUGGGUUUUGUAAAUAACAGUGAAAAUUUAAGCAGCGAAAAUAAUAAUUCAUCUACAGAACAUACAGAUCAAAUUAAUCCUGAUCAAAUUCCUCAUGUGUAUGUGAGUUGUGGUCAUGUACAUGGUUGGCAUAAUUGGCGUGCAGCAAGUGAUAUAAAUAAUAGUCGUCGUACUUGCCCGCUGUGUUUACAAGCUUCGUCAUUUAUUCCAUUGCGCAUGGGUAUUGAAUCGGCGUUCUAUGUUGAUCGAAGCUUAGCUACACACUGUUUCAAUCCUUGUGGACAUAUUGCAUCAGAAAAUACUGUACGUUACUGGUGUGGUUUACGUCUAUUGAAUCGACACAAUUUCGAGUUACAUGCAAGAUGUCCAUUUUGUUUGACUCCAAUACACUCAAAACCAGUUAAAUUAUUAUUUCAAAGUGAUUUAUCUGAAGAUGAAUUUUUAGAAUUGCUUAAAGAACAAUUAUAUGUACGUACAUUAAAUAUGGAGAAGUAUGAAACAAUAUCACGUUGUGAAAAGAUAAACAAAUCCACCAAAAUGAUUGAUUCACAUCAAAAAUCACCUUCUCAUAUUUCGACGGAAGACAAUUAUGAUGAUGAGGUUCACAAUAAUAAUGAUUUACCUAAUAAUUCUCAUCUUUCUGCUGCUCCUCUCCGUCCUCCUCCUCCUCUUUCUCGUCUUCAUCGAUCUCAUUCUUCAUCAUCUGAUGAAUUGUUACCCUCUUCAGAAAUUAUACCAUCCGCACCGUAUCAGUUACCUAGUGAUAUUUAUUCUUCAAAUGAACUCUAUCAACAAGCAGUAGGAUUAAAUUGUACCACUAUAACGUCUAAUGAUAAUCUUUCAUCAGAUCGUGUUCAUCACUCAAAUUAUGGACCUGAUUAUGCAAAUGGUUACAGUUUAACAACUAUUUCUAAUUGAAUUCUUGUCAUGGAGGAUUUCAUCAUGAGCUGACAUAUCAAUACUUGAAUUCUUGUCAGCUAACUUUAUUUGAAAUCUUUCUGUCUUAUUGUUUUCCUUUUCUACUUUUCCCUGUAUAUUCUGAGUCCUAAAAAGCGGUGGUGAUCUGCAUCGCUCCCUAUUGAAGAAGAUACCAAAGGAGAAUCUGCGCUAUGCACCCUGCACACUCAUCAUAUCUAUCCAGUUUGUUUGUAUUUCUCUCCUCGGUGUAAUAUCCUACGCAAUAUCUAGGCAUUAAUUUUUGACCCUUUUUUCAUAUAUUUUAACAUUGUUAUAUUUAUUUUUGCCAGCAUCUAUGUAUGAACUAGUGAAGCGGGUUUUGUCCUUAAGUGUUGCCUUCAUUUGACUUCCCUUUGUUGUCUCUUUUUUGUUGCCUCCAUUCAUUACAUAAUUAAUUAUAAUAUUACUUCUCAUCCUCUCUUCUAUUCAUGCAGGCACAUAAAUUCAAUGCUGCAUGUAUAAACAACACCUACUAUUUUGUGAUUAACCUGUACAUUUAAUUAACAGUAAUCUCUUUUAAAACAUCCUACUUAUAUUUCCCGCAUGUGUAGUGCACAUCAGUCAAACAUUUUUUGUAGACUCCAAUUAUCUAACUAGUAGCAUUAUUACUUAGUAGUAUUGCCUGAAAUUGGCUUUUAUUAACUAACAGUAAAACAGCUUCUCCUCGUGGUAACGUGUGUAGGUAUAUCCUCAUCGUAUCAGUGACCUUUGUAUGCAUCCGCACUCUUUCUUUUUACUGUUACUUGUUUAUUUAUCAGUACUAAAUUGUGAAAUUCAUUAUUCCUGUGUCUUAAUUUUAUCAUACUUUUCUGUUUCCAGUGUUACAUCGUCUUUUAUGGAGGAUGAAUUGUGAUCCUGUUUUCUUUUCUCUAUCCCCUAUAUAUAUAUAACAGUAUUAGAAUGUUCACAUCUGAAUACUUAUUCUAUGUAAUCGUUUCAUAAUACGGUCAUAAAGUCAGAUGUAUUUAUUUGCUAUUCAGUGGCCUUAAAAGUAUCCUCAUACUCUUAGCUUAUUCCGUUAAUUUUAAAUUCGUCUCCUGACAAUCGUAGUCCAAAAAAACUGGUUCAUAAACAAGUCUAUUAUUUCUACUGCUUCGGCUCAGUCUGGAAAUCAGUCUUCAGACGAAUUACUUAUUCCCCUCCCAUAUUGAACCCUAGUUAUAGUAUUAUUACCGCUGGUCAUACCAAACUUUGGUGACGUUAUCGAUUCCGAACAGCAGUACUACUACAGUGCAUUUCAAAGAUACAAUAAGCUUGUGCAUGUUAUCAAUUAAGUUGUGACCUUUUUUGUAACAAUAACUUUAUGUGUCGACGAAAAAACCGUCAAAACAUGAGGGCAUUAACACUGUCCAUCGUUUAUAUCUCAGCCACAUGAAAACAAACAAAUCUUUAAGUCAGUUAAGUUAGUGUAUUAUAACGCGUAAUUCUCGUACAGGUAAAUAAUGCAUAUUAUACAUAGAAAGAAGGAUAUGCGUUUAGGCAUUGAUAUAUAUACAUAUUUUUUCCUUCACGUUCCCCAGUGGAACAUAGGGCUUCAAG